AUGAUUAAUAAUGAGGAUAAGAAAUUGAUGGAAAGACUCGGCACAGCCAGUACAAUGGAUUAAACAUUUUAAUAAUCUCAAUUCUAAUAAUAAUACUAAAAACGAGUGGAUUUCAUUUAAGUAAAUCUUUUUUCCAAAAAUAUUAAAAAUGAUUUAAAUCAAAAGUAGAAUACUCGAUACUCUCGGCAAGAACCUGCAAAUGAAUCUAAAGAUUAGUGUGAUAAUUUAGAUUAAAUGUAGCAUAACGAAUAAUAAAACAUAGUUUAACAACAGAAUUUUUUAUCAAGACAAAAAUAAAUAUAAAUAAAACAAUAAAAUCAAUCUUAAUAUUCAAUUGAAUAUAGGUAAGAGGAAUAGAACAGUGUGUUUGAUAACGAAAAUUUAGAAUCCCCUAUUCCAAUAUAAAAAAAAGGCAAAGGAGAACAUCUUUAUGUCAAUUGUUAGAUGUAGGCUCUAAGUGAAAUUUUAGUUAAAUAUCAUAUAUAAGAGUUAAAUCAACCAUAUUUAAAAAGAAAAACAUUGGCAAAAUGCUGUUGUUUUACAAUAACAACAAAACAAUCAUUCUAUUAAAUUUAAAAACAAAUUAUCAUAAAUGAAGGAAAGAAGCCUUAUGAUGAAAAUGACAUCAAUCAUUGCAAUCUUCUAUACUCAAUCCUCUAUUAAAUGUAUUAAUUAGAGAAGUUAACUAAGAAAAAGUCUCAGGAAAUUGAAGCUAAAUAAACAACAGUCUUUUAAUUGAUUUAUAUGUUAUCUUGCAUAACGUUAUUUAAGGAUGAUUUAUUGUCUCUAACAAAAAAUGACAAAGAUAAGGUUAUAGCAAUCUUGUUUCUGAUAUCUAAAUGCAUAUUUGAAAUCCUUUUGAAUGGUAUUCUGGACCCAAUUUUCAAAUAAUCAGAUAGCAAUGGAGAAACUCUUCACAAUACUUUAACAUCAAUUCACAUGGGUAUGUUUGUCAUGGUUUGUCAAGAUAAUUUAAAUUAAGAAUAAGAAAUUGCAUAAAAUAUGUAAAAUAGAAAUAUUAAAUAACUCAUUGAUCUUUGGAAACAAAAAAAAUUUUAAAACAAUUGA